UUUCAUCACUCCCUCCCCUCCCCUCCUCCUUCUCCCCCCUCUUCUCUUCGUACAAACGAAAUGCUUCAUAGCUCGAGCCUUAAAGUUAAAAAAGAGGGAUUGGUCGUAAGGCGAAAUCCAUCGGACUAUGUCGGGUUGCAGCUCUUGAUAGCUACUCCCAAAGAGAAGCCCGAAAACGUAGUGAUCAAACCCUCCGUGAAAUCGAACCGAUCGGUUCGAACUUUCUCGGAGUUUUGUUACCUCAAGAGAUGCCAUCUAUGCAAGAGCAUGCUCCGACAAGACAUGGACGUAUACAUGUACAGGGGAGAUGUUGGGUUCUGCAGCGUUGAAUGUCGGAGCUGGCAGAUUUUGAUGGAUGAAAGAGAUGAAUUCGAGGUUUCUACUAAUAGAAUGUCGGCUUCUUGCCGGAACUGCAACAACUCCGGCGCCGGGAAAACCGAUACUCAGAUUCUUUUGGAAGAUCUUCGGCGACAUCGCCGCAACGUUCCAAAGUUAUAUAUAUAGUCCCUUUGAACCAGUCCUCUUGACUAAGCCUAAUCAAUUUUAUAAUUAUAUAUAUAUAUAUAUAAUCGUGUAUUUUUUUGUAGCUUUGAUCAUAUAUAUAUUUUUCUCUAUUUUCACUCGGACGAUGUCAUGUAUAAUCUGUAGUAGUACAUUUAA